CUAUGGCGUACGCCUCUUCUAUCUGUAGGUGCAACCUGACCUAUUAUUAAGCGCCCUCGUGCGAUUUACAUGGUUUCACAUAUGUACAGCGCCUCUUUUCUAGGCAGAUAAGCCUCGACGUGGGGGCCGUUUGGCAUGCACCACAGCGAGAAAGGGUCAUUUGAGCCCAACUUGCGGCCGGCCUUAUAGGAUGCUGGCUUCCCUGGGAAGCGAAAGUAGUGUUCUCGAAAUUAUCCGAUAACCCAUGUUUAGGGCCACGCAAUGAUGGCUGGCAAAGGAUCCCGGCUUUGGACGCCUAUUUACCUACAACGGAAGGUUCUUGUUUUCUUUAUUAUUGUUUUCGUUGUUAUUAUUGCUGUUCUUGCCAUUUUGUUACAAUAUUCGAACACGCAUCAAGGGUUUGCGUCCGCAGAUCCGAAGAAAUACCUUCUGUGGCAGUACGGGCCGACUGCUGUCUUCACCAUUGUUGCCGCGUUUUGGGGCCAAGUAGAGUACAGAACUAAGCAGCUUACCCCGUGGAAGCUGAUAACGCAAAGCCCUCAGCCUGUGGGUCGGAGCCUGCUACUGGACUUUAUCUCUCCUCUCGGGAUCACUACCUUCAUCGACUCCCUGACAUCUCUCGACCUUUUACCUGUUUCUGUAGCUGUCGGUGGAGGAUUUGCGCUGAAAUUAAUUACCAUCUUAAGUACUGGAUUGUUUGUCUUGCAAUACACAGCCAUCAAAUUGCCCACCGAAAAUAUCAUCGCAACGAAUGCCUUUGGAGGCAGCAACACUACCUCUUUUGAUGGCGAUGGUGUUGAUCACCAAGCCUUCUCCAGGUUGUACGGGAUUAACAAUUUCAGCCUACCGUUCCCUUCUGGAACGACGGCACGAUACGCAUAUCAGAAUUUUAAUGUUUCCUCACUACCAAGUACAAAUGUGGAUCUUAUUGGCAAAGUCGAUGUCUUCCACUCAAAUCUCGACUGUGAAAUUCUACAUCUACAGCAUGCCGAAGGCACCAACACUGGUGCAGCAUUCCAGCUCACGUUCAGAUUCCAUUCCGAGACAUGUGGAGACCUCGAAUUGCUGCCCACUCUCGGAGGCGACUACUUCUCAGAGUGGAAAACUUUUGAAGCCGAAGAAAUGCAAUGUUCGGACAACCAAACACGAGUCGCAAUGAGUUUCGGUACAACUACUGUGGAAGACAACUCCGAUGAUAUUCCUCUCGAUAUGAUCAACUCUUCAACAGUGCUAUGCCGGGCAGAGUAUGGCAUCUCUCCUGGAGUAGUGGUACUGAACACCAACUCCUCGGUCAUUGAAACUCCGAAAAUCAGCAUACCAUCCAAAAGCGGUUCCUCAAAAUUGCCCGGAGUAAAGCCAGCAGAUCUACUUGACGCCUUGUAUGAGAAUUGGUUGCUCUUAGGAUCAGCCAAGUCAGCUUUUAACUCCAUCGAGUACCUAGCGGACUAUGUCUUCCUCGUGAUGCCUAGCGUAACCUGGGAUGAUUUAGCAACGAACCCUAUUCUUCUAGCCAAUGGAACGGAUGCCUUUUUUCAAGCUUUCUCCGCUCAGCUUGCAAACAUUUACUUCAUGGAACCUGCCAAUCAAACCAUUGAAGGAUGGACCACACACAUGGAAAACCGUCUCACUUUCAGGGCGCUAUCUUUUGGCCUCAUUGAGGGCUUUCUGGUUCUCAUGAUUGUACUGGCAGCAUUUAUGGUAUUUUUAGCUCCAGGAGAAAGUGUUUCACGGGACCCCGGACCAAUUGAGGGUACAACAGCCAUUAUUGCUCGAUCUCCUGCCGUUUUGGAUAAACUGGAGGGUACAGGAGCUUCCGGUCUCGCAGUACUCGAAUGGCGACUGGCUGGAUCAGAAUACACCAGCGAGGAAUCCGACAAAUCCUCCGGGUCUCAAUUUGGCAUCGUAAAAAUCUUUGCGCCAGAAGAUAAUGCAAAGGUACGAGAGCAGGCUGUUGAGCAGAACGAAGAAGAAUUUGAUGGCGCCAGAAAAAUCAACUGGUAUCGUCCAAUGGCGGUAAACCUCCCAGCCAAGCUUGUUAUCACACUGGUACCGCUGGCUUUGCUUAUCAUACUUGAAAUCUUCUAUCAGGUCAAUCAGAAGAACAACGGGAUAUGCGACCUUUCCUUGAGCGAUUAUAUUCAUUAUACCUACACCUUGAUUCCCACCACGAUUCUAGUUGCCGUUGGGUUACUUUUCGGGAGUCUGGACUUUGCGGCCAAGAUCUUUCAACCUUACCAACUCUUACGUCGGGGAUGCGACGAUGGUCCUUUGGGAGAAAACUACCUUGGCAAAAUUGGUUUGCACUGCAUCUGGAGGUCUCUUUGGCGGAAGCACUUUGCAGUGGCAAGUUCUUCGUUGGGAAUGUUGUUCGUGCCACUCCUUACCAUUGCAGCAAGCGGCCUAUUUUACGCUGAAGCGCUCCCGCGGACUUACGAUGUUCAACUUUCCCAAACAGGCUCUUUCGAAGACAUGUUCCCGAUAAGAGGCUACGGUGGCGGCGCUAACGCUGUUGGUUGGGACAUGGUGAACCUUCUUCUAAAAGAGGAUUUUGAUGAGCCCCUUUUCACGUACAAGACGUUGGCAUUUCCCAGCCUGGAGGUUCCGUCCCUCCCCGCUGAAAUCCCCGCUGAGACUGUCAAGUAUGGUUCCAUCGCCGCUCGAAUUCCAGCGUUUCGCGCCCGAUCAAACUGCACGUCGGCCGGGAUAUCCAACGUUACCUACGGAUAUGAUUCCCUGUCGUUAUCAACCCCAAGCCGGGUUAUCAAAGACGUGUUCUUCAAUGUCUCUCUACCAGAGAUCUGCGACACCGACUCGCUCAGCAUUACUGUCUUCGACAACACCACCGAAGAUAUCCGCGACAACGGCAACAACUACAUCGGCGACUGGAUCGACCUAUCCAUCGGCAAGAACCUCGGCGACUGGAGCGACGGGUGCCCCACGAAUAUUGCCAUUUUCGGCCAGGUCCGCGACGGCAACGCGACGCACCUCUCGCCGCUUCUCUGCACGCCAUACCUCGAAACGGUCGACGUCGACGUCGUGCUUAACGCCAAGGAUCUCUCGUUCAACCUGACUGCCGCGCUCCCCUCGCCUGUCGAGACGACUGCCUCGUUCAACAGGAACUUGUCGUUCUUUGCUAACAUCCCCGACGAACUCAUGGUCGUGUGGGCGGAUACCGUGAAAGGCGCUGCACGCAUCAACAAUACGGUCGUCGACGGCUUCUUCGCUGGCCUCUUCCACGGCUCUGAUAGCGUCAGCCCUGCCGACCUCCUUGCCAACGACGACGCAACGCACGCACAGCUGCGCGCUGCCAUCGACACGCUGUAUGGCCGCAUUUUCGCACAGGUUAUAAAUACGCAGCGGGUAGCAGUUGCCGAAGCAAAAACACCCAUCAACGCAAAACUAACGGUAUCGGACCGCGUGCGGCUGAAGCAAAACGGCAUCUCAACCAGGGUUUUGGAAGGGUUUUUGGCGGCGAUGACCGUGUGCGCGAUACUGACAUACGUGACGCUGGACAGGAAGGGCGUGUUGCCGAAGAACCCGUGCAGCGUGGCCGCGGUGGCGAGUCUGGUGGCUGGGUCGGAUAUGUUGGAGAAGUGCUACCCGCCGGGCUCGGAGUGGAUGAGUGGGAAGCAGAUGAGAGAGAAGGGCCAGUAUAAGGAUAUGGUGUUUAGUUUGGGGUGGUGGCCGGGUGGGAGGUUUGGAAUUGAUGUUGGGGUCGCGGAUAAGAAGGGGCUUUUGGGGAAAGAGGAGCGGGAGGGGGAUAGUUCGUAGGGGGUUUUUUUGGUGGAUAGCGAUGAACACUGCCAUUUCACCCACACUGACACGACACGAUCGCUGACGUCAGAGC